AUGGCGGAACUCACCAGCACGAAGCUCAACGCAGAGUCGCACCUCCUCCUCGACCAACCCCUCCUCCGCAUGCCCUACGAGCUCUCCCGGCGCAACUUCAAAAAUGCCCAACGCGUCAUCGAGCACUCGUCUACAGCGCUCACAUCCUCCCUAACCGCCACCACCAAAUCCGCCUCCAAGACAGCCGCACCAAACGCUACCUUGGAUAGCCUAGACUCCAUGAUCAGCAAGAUGCAAGGCCUGAAGCGGAAACUAGAGGGUCUGCACGAAGAGGAGCAGAGAAUCCAUCGGUCUGCCAAGGCGCGGCUACGGCAUCUACAGGACCUUUAUGAAGUGCAGAGCUUAGUCGACGUCAAGUACGAUGAGUGGAGCCGGACGCGGCUGUCGCGCCUACUAGUCGACUACCUACUACGCGAGGGAUACUCGGAGUCUGCGGCGCAUCUGGCGCAGAGCAAGGGCAUAGCAGAGCUGGUGGAUGUGGAUGCUUUUGUGGCGUGUCAUAAGGUUGAGAGGAGUCUGAGGGAGGGUAUGAAUACGGGGUUGGCGCUCGAGUGGUGUAAGGAGCAUAGUAAAGAGUUGAAGAAGGGGAGCAGUAUGCUAGAGUUUGAGUUGAGGUUGCAGCAGUACAUUGAGUUGGUGCGGCAGGGGCAUGAGGCGGGUAUGAGUGGCAUGGAUGGAAUGGAUACGGAAGACGGGAUGAACGGAGUCAGUGUAGGUGGUGGUGGGGAGACCAAGUUGGUGGAGGCUAGGGCACAUGCGAAGAAGUACUUGAGUACCAGCGGGGACUUUGAGUUGCUGGGACGGGCGGCGGGACUGCUGGCUUACAGGCCGUGGGAUGAAGUGGAACCUUAUGCGUCACUCUACUCGCCCGCCCGCUGGACCCAUUUAGCGACCCUCUUCCUUUCCACACACCACACUCUUUACUCCCUCCCGCCCCGCCCACUCCUCCACAUCGCCCUCAGCGCCGGUCUUUCCGCCCUGAAAACACCCGCCUGCCACUCCGCCUAUACAUCCUCAUCCGCCAACGCCUCGUCAUCCAGCACGACCGUCUGCCCCAUCUGCAGCACCGAGCUUAACGAACUAGCCCGGAACGUACCGUACGCGCAUCACACCAAGAGUAUUGUCGAGAACGAUCCAGUUGUGUUGCCGAACGGACGGAUAUAUGGAAGCGAGCGGUUACGGGUGUACAACGAGAAGGUGGGAACAGAGAAGGGGUGGAUCAGGGAUCCGAUUAGUGGAGUUGUUGGAGAGAAGUGGAGGGACAAUGAGGUUAGGAAGGUGUAUGUUAUGUGA